CACACACACACACACACACACACACCAAUAUCAAAAUAAAAACAGAAAAAGACUGUUAAAUCAUCUUCCCCUGUUGCUGACUCUUUUUAUUUUCAUUUUGAGAUAAUUUAUGGGCAAACAAGCGCUGCUUACUCUCCACACGCACUGCAGCCAGACUGUCAAAAGACUGUAGCAACCUGGGUGAUGCUGGAGCAGGGUUUGAGGCGGGCUCUUCAGGGCGGGGAGGCUCAGGUGCUGGUCCACCGCCCCCUGACCGCUAGUCCUUAUCUUCACAGCAUUAUAACACAUCAGCGUUGCCUGAUACUUAGCGAUUUUGGACGGAGGCAGACGGUGCGCGCUCUCACGUUUCCCAGAGGGUGCAGCUCUUUCCCAGAAGUGGAAAAUGAAGACACGCGUUUUUCUCCUCCUACUCGUAGCUUUCUCCUGCGAACUUGCUCGGGCUGAGGAGGAGAAUGAAGCAGAGGAGCUGCAGGUGGAGACACUGGUGCAGCCUGAAUCUUGUGCCAUGAUUUCCGAAAUUGGAGACACACUGAAAAUCCACUACACUGGUAAACUGAUGGAUGGAAAGGUGAUCGAUACAUCUCUGUCCCGGGAUCCUCAUUCUCUUGAACUGGGGGCAAGACAAGUUAUUCCUGGCCUGGAGCAAAGCUUGGUUGGUGUUUGUGAAGGGCAAAAAAUCAAAGCCAUCAUUCCUUCUCAUCUUGCAUAUGGAAAAAGAGGUUUCCCUCCCACAGUUCCAGGUGACGCUGCUCUUCAGUUUGAGGUGGAGGUCAUAACCUUGUCACGAAAGACACCGUUUGAAAAAAUGAUCAGGAGCUUGUUACCCACCAUGUGUUUGGCUCUGCUACCCGGUCUGCUCUGCUUGAUCGGAGUCUACAUCUACAAACGGGGCUCGGCUGAGAGGCCAGAGAAGAAGAAGGCCAAAGAUAAGAAGAGCAAAAAGAAAUGA